AUGGCUGUCUCUGCACCUCUGGUGAUCUCUGCAACUUCCAGCAGCGCCGGCGUCCCGGGGGGUUUAUUCCGAGCUGAACCUCUGUAUUCGUCUCCAGGGGAGCCCCCGCGUCUAGCCCCUAAUCUGAUCAACAGUUUCAUGGCCAAUAAUCACAGUGGCAGUGUCGGGGGUGGCGGGAUCGGUGGUGGCAGCGGUGGCAGCAGCAACACCAACAGUAACGAGUGCCGGAUGGUCGACAUGCACGGAGUGAAGGUGGCUUCAUUCCUGAUGGAUGGCCAGGAACUGAUCUGCCUGCCGCAAGUCUUUGAUCUUUUCCUCAAGCACCUGGUGGGAGGGUUGCACACGGUGUACACUAAACUGAAGAGACUGGACAUAUCCCCUGUGGUGUGUACUGUGGAGCAAGUUCGAAUCCUUCGUGGGCUGGGGGCCAUUCAGCCAGGGGUGAACCGCUGCAAACUCAUCACCAGAAAAGACUUCGAAACUUUGUUCACCGAUUGCACAAAUGCCAGUUCCAGGACAGCCAGAGAUACACAGAGAAACCCUCUGGUGCUGGAAGAAGAGGCGCACCUGAACCCCCACCUCCAUCCAGGUCUACUCAGCCCUGGCACGCUGACCCCGCGUGGUAUAACAGCUGCAGCAAUGGCUGAGGCAAUGAAGCUCCAGAAGAUGAAGCUUAUGGCGAUGAAUACUCUUCAGGGAAAUGGAAGCCAAAAUGGGACUGAGUCAGAGCCAGAUGACCUUAAUUCUAACACAGGUGGAAGCGAAUCCUCCUGGGAUAAAGAUAAGAUACAGUCUCCACUUGCUUCUCCUGGACCUCAACAUGGAAUUGCUCAUGCAGCACUUACUGGCCAGCCCAGCCUUGGGAGUGCGCCUACCCUCAAUCCACUUCAGCAGAAUCACCUGUUAAGCAAUCGUCUGGAUCUGCCAUUUAUGAUGAUGCCUCAUCCCCUACUUCCAGUCAGCUUACCUCCUGCAUCAGUUGCCAUGGCAAUGAAUCAGAUGAAUCAUCUCAAUACUAUUGCCAACAUGGCUGCUGCAGCUCAGAUUCACAGUCCACUCUCCAGAGCUGGUGCCUCUGUUAUAAAGGAGCGGAUCCCAGAAAGUCCUUCUCCUGCUCCCUCUCUGGAAGAGAAUCAUUGCCCCGGGAGUCAGACUUCCUCCCACCCAAGCAGCAGUGUGUCCAGCUCUCCAUCCCAGAUGGAUCAUCAUUCAGAGAGAAUGGUUAUGAUACCCAACAAUAGAGAAGAACUUAUUGUUGACCAAGAUAAUGGACAAACCAUAAAAAUAUUCCAAAGGGAUAAUAAAGAAGAAGUACCACCUCAAAUUCCACUGAUGAAAUCACCCAUGGACAAGAUCCAUUUGGCUCCUGGACAGGCAUUGUCCCCUGGAUUCCCUGGACCAUUCAUUUUUGCUGAUAAUCUGUCCUCCGUGGAGACACUGUUGACCAACAUUCAGGGUCUACUGAAAGUGGCUUUGGAUAACACUCGCAUCCAGGAGAAGCAGAUUCAGCAAGAAAAGAAGGAACUUCGAAUAGAACUCUAAAGAGAAAGAGAAAUUAGAGAAAACCUGGAGAGACAACUUGCAGUUGAGCUUCAAAGCAGAAAUACAAUGCAAAAACAUCUGAAAAAGGAGAAAAAAGCUAAGAGGAAACUUCAGGAAGCCUUGGAGUUCGAAUCAAAGCGCCGAGAGCAAGUGGAGCAAGCACUGAAACAAGCUACAGCUAGCGACAGUGGUCUGAGGAUGUUGAAAGAUACGGGAAUUCCAGAUAUUGAAAUAGAAAACAAUGGGACUCCUCAUGACAGUGCUGCCAUGCAAG